AAUAGGCUGCUGCCCGCUCAAUGCUUGUUACUGUAGCCAGUCUGGGUUCCCGUACAGAACACCGGCUGCUUUCUCCGAGUUCUAAUCGCGUGGUGACAGCCGCCUCUGGAGCCCACAAUACAGAGAGCUUCUCCCACUGCACAGAGGCGCUCCAAUUGCAGGAAAAUGCAACGCACUUCACGUUUAAACAGGGAGAUGCAGCUUCUUAACACUGAGCCUCCUCCUGGGGUCACCUGCUGGCAGCAUGAAAACAAGAUGGAUGAUCUACGAGCCCAGGUUGUUGGUGGCUCUGGUUCUCCAUAUGAGGGUGGUAUCUUCAACUUGGAGAUUGUAAUUCCAGAAAGAUAUCCUUUUGAGCCCCCCAAGAUUCGAUUCUUGACCCCAAUCUACCAUCCCAACAUUGACACAGCAGGGAGAAUAUGCCUGGAUAUUCUCAAACUACCCCCCAAAGGUGCUUGGAGACCGGCCCUCAACAUAUCCACUGUUCUUACUUCUAUCCAGCUGUUGAUGAAUGAGCCAAAUCCAGAUGAUCCUCUCAUGGCUGACAUUUCAUCAGAGUUUAAGUACAACAGAGCCAUGUUUACAUCCAAUGCACGUAAAUGGACAGAGCAGCAUGCUAUGCCCAGGACACAGGGCACUAAAGCUGAUUUAAAAGAAAAUGUUAUACCAACUGAAAGCACUUCACAGAAAAGAAAGAGUGAGGAACUCCCAAGGGAACCCACAAAAUCUUUCAAAGGACCAUGAACAUUUUUUUCUUCAUUUGUGUAUGUGUGUAGUUAUAUUGUGUAUAUAUUUUUGUAUUUUCUGCAUCAUUAAAAAAGUGUAAUUUUCACAUAUUUGUUUAGCCACUUCAUAGUUUAGAUUGCAGAAGUAGGCCACACAAUUUUACCUGUAAUAAUAUUCAGGGAUUUUGUUAAUGUUAUGUACCGU